AUGUACCAUUCGGAAAACGAUCGCUCGCUCUCUACACCGGCUGCCAUCGGAAUCGGCAUCGCUAUUGGCAUCGUCUGCACCGUACUGGUCCUUGUUACAGUACUGUUGCUACACCGCGCAUGGAGACUUCGCCGUUCACCACCAGUAAAGCAGUACAGGCAAGCCAAGUUAUGGAAGGGCUUCGAGCCGGUCACUCCGAGCACCGCGAGAACUACUUUCGUUGGAACCAAGAUGACCAACAUAUACUUGACGGAGCUACCAACACCGGUCACACCUGCCUUCCUUAUGAGCCCACCGUUGCGGGGAGAGGAAAGUCUACGCACGAACUCCAUCACGUCUCUCAGUGAUCGUGCCCAGCAGAUCCCAACUCUGCUCACGACUACGAACAAGAACAACCUGCGCCUUCUACUCGUCGCUGCCUGUAAAUGUACAGGAUCUUGCAACUGGCUCGUUGAGAUCCUGCGCAGUCUUCCCGGCUUCGGUGUCGUCAACUCCCGUCACGUCUCUGAGAUCGUUCCCACGCUCUUUCCCCUCAGCGCAAGCACUCUGGACUUCCUAAUCCAACGCCUCACCGGCGGGACGCGCAAGGUGCUUGACGCCGACUUUCCUGCGCGCGCAGUGUCACUUGCAAAGUUUGAGCGGUGGAGCGAUCACAUCACCACACUACGCUUCAAGGUCCCGAGAACCGCAUUCUUCUACCAGCUGCAUCAGGGCGCCGCAGCCGAUGGCGAUACCUUCUCAGCAAUGUCGGAUACGAAGGAUUUCAAGUCUGCGCUCGCGCUAUUGACGACCCUUCCUCGAUGCAAAGCUGUUCAGAUCCAGCACGACACCCCAAGCAGCGGCUGGCUCCUAUGCGACUACCAAUCCAGUCGACGGGAGGUCCGUGACAAGACCAUGGCUGUCCAGGGCGACGUGUUGCGCGAGAACCUGGAGCAUGGUCUUGUUGGCUUCAUGCUUUCUUCGCAUUCGGAAUGGUACAACGAGUACCGCCUAUGCUACUUCGAAGAGCGAGAGAAGGAGGCAGAGGAAGGAGGUCCACGCGCAGAGGCAGAGGAAGAAGGCCGACGCACAGAGAUGGGGGAAGAACGCCGCGGCCAUGAAGAGACCGAAGAUGCGUACGCAGGCCAGUCCCGAGACAUGGUUCGUGAUGAGUAUCGCUCACGUGGGCUUCCUCGGCUUAUCCCAAAGAAGAAGGCGGACAUUGUGGCGGCUCUGCAGAAGGACGAUUUGAGGAGUUUGCUUGCAACCAGUACUGCCGCCAUCGAAACCCCGCGGCCGCUCUCAGAACCCUGCCGCCAUCAGCAUCCCUCUCUCCGCCAUCAGAACCUCGUCCCCCACCCCGCCAUCACAACGGCAUUCGCAGGGAAACGCAACGCGCAAGAGCUCAAGAAGCUGGAAAAGACGGAUGUUAAGAUAUCAGAGGCGAGACUCUUCAACGCAUACGCGACCACACAGAACGUGAUUGAAGAUAUCGAGGAGUUGUUGCCUCGCCUCUCCCCUCACCAUCCAGAGAUUGCCGAGUUGCUUCAGACGGCCAGGGCGGAGCCCGUGACACCCUUCACCAUCCAUGGGCAUUGUGACGACAGCGAGACGAAGACUUGGCAGAAGACCGACCCUGCUGUGGAUCGCUGGUUUCCGAAUGCCAUUGAGCAAGCUCCGUACAUAGACGAUCCGCCCUUCUGGUUAGACCAGCACGCAGCAAACCAUGUGAAGCUGUAUUAG